GCUAUGCGCACACACAUACACGUACGCACACUAGCUUUUGACACAGUUGCGGUGGUGUUGUUUUUUUUUUUUGGUUUGUUCUGCGAGGAAAUAUUUUCCCGCCGCACGACCGGAUUAGUCUCCGCCCCGAGUGGAUAAAGGUGGAAAAAGUUCCACUACUCGGUACACUGUUGCCGAAAGCUUUUCGCCAAGCCGUCAGUAAUGGGUUCGCCGCAACAGUUCGAUUUUGCGGUGCACUUUUGUAACCGCGUGUGAGCGACUUUCUCCGUCACCUAACGCCCCUUACACCGCACAGUGUUUUAACGCAAUGUCACUCACAGUCGGUAGAAGGUAACCGGCACCGGGCGCCUCCAUUGUGUCGCGGGAAUAUCAAAUCACGUUCGAAGUGUUUAACACAUUCAACUUUUUUUUUUAAAUUAUUAUUUCACUCCAAAACGCGGACUGCGAGUGAAAUUGUUUUGUCGGAAAAGAUAGAAAACAGCUCCCCCUGCAUACAAAGCUAAAGUUGUGUCAAAUGUCAAGGUCAACGUUAUUUUCGGCCACUUUCCGUGUUUGGCGACAUCUGUCAAAACCUUUCACAGGCGUGUUUUUUUUUGUCAUCCCCACCGGGUCGGAGAAGGUUUUAUAGGUACCAAAAACUGCUUCAAACGCUUUAACCUUAAAGCUUUAGAGCUGCAACAUUUAUUUACAGUUCCCGCAGCACACGCACACGCAGGAAAACAGGCGAGAAAGCGAGAAGAUGAGAACCCCAAUAAACGGACAAUUUUUAAACGCCGGUGUCAUAUUUUUAGCCACCCGCAGUAGGUCACAUGCGCGGGGAGCAGAUCGAGUAGCGGCACCAUGGCACGGUGCAAUGCCAACCGCUGGUCGGGCUUAGCUAUUUCCGACGUUAAUUUUGUAAGCAAACGCACAAAAUUUGGGGCGCGCGCGCGCGCGCCCGUGGGGGUGGUGCGCUGCCAACGGUUUCCAUUUUUCCCUUCCACAGAGCGUAUGUGUGCGUGCGUCUCCGUGGCAAAAAAGACUACCACACACACACACACACACACAUUAGAAUCAUAGAUACAUUCGCGCCAACCUGUACGAUCUCCAUUUUAGCGUGUGCGAAAAAUGAAAAGUGAGAGAACAAAAAACCCAUGUCACACUCAUUUCCGAAAUGAAUUAUUCAAGCAGGGUGCAAGCGGGAGAGUCGAACCCAAUUUUGCUCUGCUUUGCGUUUGGGGUAGUAGUGGUAAGUGACGAAGGACGCGCACCAGUUCACAAUAAUUAAAAAAAACAAAAACGGAAAAACUCAAAGAUCGAGCGGGAGCAUUUAUCGAUAUUUUUCUGCCCACCGUGCGUGUGACUCAAUGUAGUGCAUUUUCUUCUCGCAUUAUUAUUCAUGUUUCACGGCACACACACACACACACACACACACGCACUUACAAAAGAAUUACUUCUCGCAUUCUAAUGCAAAAAAGGGCUCACGCGUCUGUUUGUUGGUGCUCUCUUGAUUAGAUUCGUAUCGAACCGGAAAUUUGACGUCCAUUGUCAAACUGGUGUCCCUAUGCCCACCCCCACCACCCUCUACACACACACACACACACAGACACACAAAAGGUGUGUGGCGUGUGAGCCGCCCGAAUCGAUGCGAUUUAACUCCAAAAUGGACCGAAACGCUGUCCGGCGAAUGGCAACCUCAUUGCUUGCUGAUUUGCGUCCAUUUUUUUUUGGUGGGUAGGUGGGUGGUUGGGUGUGUAUGUGCUUCACUCUUCCUUUCUGCCCGCAAAAAAAAAAACUGAUCGGUCGGUUGAUUGUGUGGUCCAAGGGUUGGAGGUUGAGUUGAGCCAUUAGCUGCAUUUUGAAAACGCGCCGUAGUCGCGCGCGAGCUGCUGUUUUGAUUGAAGUGCUUCCGGAACGGAAGGGAGAAAAGCCACAUGAAACACACACACACACACGCACACACGUCCGUUACACAUCGCAUUAGGAUCAAUUUAAUUUGUGCUCAUCAUUAUUAGUAGUAGGAAGAAAAAGAAAAACAGCAACCACCACCGACGGUCACCGAGGCAAAAACCGAUUUUGAUGACGACGGCAAACUGUGCGCGGGAUGUCGAGGAAGUGAGGCUAGAUUUAUUGCCCUACUUCCCCCCCCUCCCCCCCCCCCCCCCAGAUUGUAUUCCUCUCUGGCGUGUGUAUGUGCGCCCUGUUUAAUACCGUUUGUCGCUGUGUGUGUGUGUGUGUGUGUGUGUCUGUGUGGCGGUGACCUUUAAAAAAAUUGGUUCAUUUUGUGCAUCGUUACGUGCUGAAGAGUUACUGCGUUACUCGCGCAAAAUAUAGACAGACACACACACACACACACACACACCUAAACACGGACACAAAAUGUUGCUCUCUUCAAUUAGAUUUAACUGUUGGUGUUGUUGUUGUGGUUGAAAUAGUAAGCAAACACUAUACACACCCACGUGAGCAACAUCACAACCUGACGCUACAGCGAACUCGUGAGCGUCCUGUAACAACAACAACAACAAAACUCCGCCACAACCGUCAAAUCGAAGACACACACUGGUGGUAGCAAAUUCGCUCCAGCAGUAAUCGACUGUAUCGAAGAAAAUACCAACGAUUGCUUGUUUAGUGGUUUGUUUGUUUCACAGAUUUCACUUAAACGGAUGGAGCAGCAGCAUUCAGCCCGUAGAUGUAAACGGCAACAUUUAAGGGAAGCGUUAGUAACUCACGAAAACGGCUUGGCCGUUCGAGAAGGCACCGUUCGGAGCUGUCCAACCAACAACAACUAAAGAUGUAAAAAAAAAAAAGAAGAAGCAACCAACCUCCGAGCAAGAAGUGAGUGGUUGUGUGCGCGUGCGCAAAUACACAUGCCGGGCAAACCUGACAUCACCUGUCAGUGGUGACAAAAAUGCGAGCCAAAAGGCAGCAGCCCCUCCCGCUCCCGCUCAACCCCUCUUGGAAACUGAACUGGCGCGCUAUUUUCUUCGCUUUUCUUUCCCCCCACCCCCGCGCCGCUCGUACCGCCAUGCUCAACCGCGCCCCUUUGCAGUGGGUCAGCAGUCAGCAGUUUCCACCGACAAUGGGCAAUUGGGAGGAAGAGGAAGCAACAACGGGGGGAAAAAAAAACAGGUCGCCGUUAAAAAGAGCAAAACUGUCAACAAAUUGUAGCGCCCGUGUACUGGUGUGGGUGUUUCCCUGUAUUGGCUGCUAUUUUGUAUGGUUUCUGGUUUUGCUGGUGCAUUUCGCAUGCACGCAAACACGCAGCGAAGUAACCCCCGUUCUCGGUUUGGAGCGCACUUUCUUUUUCUUUUUCCUUUUUUUUUGUGACAGCCUUUGGCAGCCUGAUGACACGUUCAGCACUGUUCCAUUACUUCUCGGCGCCUGCUGCUCUGUCUUCACCACAUCGUUUGGCCACGGUCUCGGCUUAACCACACAAUUGAAACCCGGAACACCACUGGAUGUGUUUAGUGACCUCUUGCCGCGACAAACAGGGGCCCUUUUUUGCCACCCCAGCACGCCCGCGACAAUCAACAAUCCCUUCAGCGGCUAGCGCCAGGACAGGCCACUGCAAUCGAACCUUGGCGUGCUCCGUACGGGAUGCCACUACCCUACUUUACACUGUUGUACGUGCGUCUGCAUACGGUACGCGACUGUACAGUGCGAAAACUGGCGCGAUCCGUGUCUCCCCUUUGCAGGCGAGCGCGCAUGUGUGUGUGUGUGUGUGUUGGUAGUGUACGAGACAGAGAGAGAGAGAGAGAGAGAAGCUACACACUCUUGAAUUUUCUCAUCACGGCGCUUCGCUUUGUGUGUGUGUGGGAAAUUCGGGAAAAAUCCCUAUACACCACUGAAUGAGCGCGUGUGUGCGUGAUGAGUUCCUGGGCCAUAUCUCCUGAGCGAGCCUAUGCACUACACAUACAUACACACAUACACACACACACACACACACAUAUGGGGUGUGUAGUAACGCGUACGCUUCAUGGGUGCGUUUUCCACCCACCACCCUGGUGGAGUGCGCGCGCACGAAAAAUUUUACCACACAUCUCGCUCACGCGACCACUCACCGUCACUCACUGAGACGGACGUGUCCUGCGAGUAGCUGCUUUUGUUUGUUUUUUUUUAUAUUUGUUUUUGUUUCAAACAUCCGUCUUUGUAUUCCAUCUUCUUCUGCUUUUUCUUAUUCUUUUAAAACACACCCUUUGACCCUGAGUAAUAUGUUUGUAUAUAAUAGUAAUAUUAUAUCCAACUUAGAAAAAAAACCAAUUGACACCUGUCAAAAUGACAUUGCGUUCGAAGGCAGCUUAAACGUCAUAUUUCGCUGUGUUUCAGAAUGUUUGUAAAGCCCCAAGAGUGCCACUCACUUUGGGAGCUCACGUUUAUCAUCACUUUUACUCUCUUACGCAAACAGUCAAAAGAAAUGUCAGGACUGUCUGGCUGGGCCCCUUCCACCUACUCGGAACGAAAAAACCGUCCCCUUAUACGAAUGUUUACGCUGCACCCCCGCUACACAAUGGGCUCCGGCAACACCCCCAGUCCUGAUAACUGUCAUCUACCCACCCAGCAGGAUUAGUGUGCGUGUGUGUGAGUGUGUGUGUAAGUGUUUUCAUAUUCUUCUUCAAAACGUCCAAGGAUUGGGAUCGCGUGUACAAAUGGCCUACUUUUUCUUGACUGGUCACAGACAGGAAAACUCGAGAACAUAGGACACACGAGGUAAUGAGCGGGGGGACGAAUUGGUGCGGCCAGGGUAAUGACUUCACGGAGCGGAAGUGGAUAUCAAUUACACGAAAACCGCACACAGAAAGCAAACAGACUUCAUUGCCUACUUUUCCAUUCUAAUUCUAGCACAGAAUAAAGGCUAGCUGAGAGGGUGAGACAUCGAGCAAAAGAGAGAGAGAGAGAGAGAGAGAGAGAGAGAGAGAGAGAAAGAGAGAGAGACAGGGAAAGGGGUUUUCUUUGAGAUAACAUCAUUAUCGAACCACUGUCUAGUAUUGGUUGUGUUGUGCAGGAAUGCAGAACAAUACAAGCCGAGAAAGCAGUACAUAUUUUAGUAGUCAGCCACAGGAACGGUGGAGGGGGGGGGGAGUGGUCCGCACACCUGAUGACUCAUCGCGCUUAAUGUACACUUCGAGACCGUACCGACACUACGAAAAUAAAUGAAAGUAAAAGCAAACAAAACGCGCUACCACCACCACCACCGUGCCACGGCAUGCCGCCGCCGUGCCGCCAAAAUGGAGGGCAAACACACACCAUGAGUAUUUUAGUCGGUGGGUGUCAUAAUCCAAAGCGGAAUAUGAGCGCACCCUUUAAAAAAACGUCGGCAAUGACUGGGCAGAAAACCAAGACAUGAAAUAUGUAUGGCGCGGUAUAAGAGCAGUGGGCCGCGAUAAGCGCCAUCUGGAAAGUGGAGCAGGGUAGUUCACAAUAUCUCGUAUGAAUGAUGCAAGUUUGCAGUAAAGUUAAGUUAGGCAGACAAAAAUGUCCUUUUGUGCGUUUGAAGAUGUUUGGAGGAGCUUAGGAGGUUUCUGAGCUCGGAUAUUUAUGAGGACCUCUGAGAUAAGGCCCGCAGCAAAGGAGGAUUGGAGGAUACCGUGCAUAAAGGAUUAGCUUUAAGAUCAUCGGGGCAUACGAAGGCAAUCAGUCCAAAGCAUACAAAUAAAUUACCAAAAAAUCCGAAAGAAUCACGAAAAACAUGAAAUUCAGAUGGCUCAUGCUGAUUGGGACAUUUGUAUGUAGGGCAUCGUGCUCGUGUGCGUUCGCUUCGGGCAGCUAUAUCGUACGUACAGUCAUCUUGAAGCAUCAAACUGUAAACCACGAUUUCUCCCGAUACUGGUAGCCUUAAGGUGGACUUAUUCUAGAUAAGAUGAUAAGGCACAGGUGGUAUGAAGAUUACGAUAAAGCCCAAAGCGUCCAAAAGUUACGUUAUCAGUCGCGAGACCUGUGACACAAAAUAUAUAACCGACCUGCUGGACGGUCCUGCCAUUACUGUAACGUUCAGCAUCUGAUUAGUCUGUGUCUUACACCCUUUGAACGUAAACCUUUGAACCUAGCGGCAGGUGGCAGUGUCUCAGAAUGCUUGUCGUGGUGUUUCUCGUGACGCUAUUGGUGCUAGCGGUGCUGCGUGAGUAUCGCGAUCGCAAGCGGCUGCAGCACAUUGCAUCCCACUUCCAGGGUCCGAAACCGCACUGGCUGCUCGGAUAUUUGCCAUUGUUCCCGGUCAACGACAUACCGGGCAUCUUCGAGACGAUGGUGAAGCUGCACGAACGGUACGGACAGGAUCUGUUCAACUGGGGCCUCCUAAACGACCACAUGGUCGUCGUAACCAGUGCCGCUAACGUGGAGAAGGUGGUGAUGGCGAAGAAGACGCAAAAAUCACAGAUUUACGAGUUCAUCGAGCCGUGGCUGGGACAGGGUCUGCUCAUCUCAAGCGGCGAGAAGUGGUUCCAUCGGCGAAAAAUAAUCACGCCCACCUUUCACUUCAAGAUACUGGAAAGCUUCGUGACCGUGUUCAACCGCGAGGCGGAGUUGCUGAUAGAGAAGCUGGGACAGAACGCGGACGCGGGCCGUGAGUUUGACAUCUACGAGCCGAUCUCGCUGUACGCGCUGGACAGCAUAUGCGAGACGUCCAUGGGUGUGGAGAUUAAUGCGCAGCAUAAUCCCGAAAACCAGUACGUGCGGGACGUCAAGCGGAUGAGCGAGCUGGUGCUGCUGCGCAUCUUUCACGUGCUGUCAGCGUUUCCACGCACCUUCUGGUACACGAUGCCGAACGCUUGGGAACAGCGGAAGCUGAUUGGACGGCUGCACGCAUUCACGGACUCGGUGAUUCAAAGCCGUCGGCGACAGCUGCUGGCUGCGGUGGAGCAAGGAAAAGUCGGAAAUCAAGAAACACACGCGGAUGAUCUGUACGGUGCAAAGCAACGUUCCAGCUUUUUGGACCUGCUGCUGAACGUCACAGUCGGUGGAAAGCCAUUGUCUGAUGCGGAUAUUCGGGAGGAGGUGGAUACCUUCAUGUUCGAGGGUCAUGACACGACCACUUCGGGCAUUGCGUUUACCUUCUAUCAACUUGCUAAGCAUCCUGAAAUACAGGAGAAGCUACACCAGGAGCUUCAAGAUGUGCUCGGAGUAGAUUAUCGCCACGUACCGUUGACCUAUAAUACACUCCAGAACUUCCCGUACCUGGACAUGGUAGUGAAGGAGUCGCUGCGACUUCUACCACCCGUUUCGUUCAUUGGACGUCGGUUAGUGGAAGAUAUCCAGAUGAACGGUGUAACUAUUCCAGCCGGCACUGACUUUACCAUCCCCAUCUACGUGAUCCAUCGUAAUCCUGCAGUUUUCCCGGACCCGGAACGCUUUGAUCCGGAGCGUUUUUCAGACGCCAAUCAGCACCCUCCCGGACCGUACGACUACAUCCCGUUCAGUGCUGGGUCACGGAACUGCAUCGGACAGCGCUAUGCGCUGCUGGAGAUGAAAGUCACCGUCAUAAAGAUGUUGGCACAUUUCCGCGUCUUGCCCGGUGAACAGAUGCCCCAGGUGCGCUUCAAGACAGAUCUAGUGUUGCGCCCGGAUAAGGGUAUUCCUAUCAAACUUGUGCGCAGAAAAUUCGAUUCAAUAAAAUAAUGCUCAAGCAUG